AUGGAGAAAUCAGUAAUCCCGUUAUUCCCAUUACUUCUAGCAGGAAAUAGAUAUACUGCAAAAUACUAUUAUUGUUUAAUUGAACUAAGUAGCAAGCCCCAUAAACUUCAUAAUCAUGUUCUUCGAUGUAGUGAUUGGCCUGCCUCUAAAAAAAACAAAUAUCUUCAAAAAAUAAAUGAAGAAGGUUAUGUACCCUCUAUAGAACCUGUGAUAGCUGUAAUAGACUUGAAAUAUCUAACACCCAAACCAAAUUAUUCUGCCUACAAAUUAGGUGAUAUCAGUCCAAUAGGUCCAACAAGCUUGGAUAUUGAAAGUUUACAAU